AAUGCAAUGCGAAAGCGCAGGAUCCUGACUUUGCUUGCAGUUGUGUUAGAGAGGGGGUUGCACGGAGGGAGCCUGAAACAAGGGACUGGUGACCUUUGAAGAGGUGUCCUUGCAUUUCACCGAGGAGGAAUGGGCUCAGCUAGAUCCAGACCAGAGAGCUCUGUACAAGAUAUAUCUGGGGGAUCUGAGGGAGAACCACCAGAAGUAUCAAUGAAAAAAGCUGAGAAGCAGGUGCAGGAACAGAAGCUGAGGAGUCACGAUGGAGAAAAGAGACAAGAGGAGAGACAAACUCAUACAGGAGACAAACCUUAUAAGUGCUUGGAGUGUGGAAAGAGCUUUAGUCGGAGUAGCACCCUUAGUCAACAUCACAGAAUGCAUACAGGGGACAAACCUUAUAAAUGCUUGGAGUGUGGAAAGAGCUUCAGUUAUAGUAGCAGUCUUACUUCACAUCACAGAACUCAUACAGGGGACAAACCUUAUAAAUGCUCCGAGUGUGGAAAGAGCUUCAGUCAGAGUAGCACCCUUACAUCGCAUCAAAGAACUCAUACAGGGGACAAACCUUAUACAUGCUUGGAGUGUGGAAAGAGCUUCAGUCGGAGUGGCACCCUUAUUAGACAUAAAACAACUCAUGCAAGGGACAAACCUUACAAAUGUUGGGAGUGCGGAAAGAGGUUCAGGUGGAGUGACACCCUUAGGCAGCAUGGAAGAACUCAUACAGGGCACAAUCCUUAUAAAUGCUUGGAGUGUGGAAGGAGGUUCAGCUGGAGUAACAGCUUUAUUCACCAUAAAAAAACUCAUACAGGGGACAAACCUUAUAAAUGCUUGGAGUGUGGAAAGAACUUCAGUCGGAGUAGCACCCUUACUUCGCAUCAUAGAACUCAUACAGGGGACAAACCUUAUAAAUGCUUUGAUUGUGGAAAGAGCUUCAGUGAGAAUAGCAGCUUUAUUCAACAUAAAAAAACUCAUACAGGGGACAAACCUUAUAAAUGCUUGGAAUGUGGAAAGAGCUUCAGGACGGGUAGCCGCCUUACUUUGCAUCACAGAACUCAUACAGGGGACAAACCUUAAUGCUUGGAGUAUGGAAAGAGCUUCAGUGAGAGUGGCACCCUUAGUAAACAUCAAAAAAUUCAUACAGGAGACAAACCUCAUACAUGCUUGGAGAGUUGAAAGAGCUUUUGUCAGAAUGGCCAUCUUGAGGCACAUCAAAAGAUCUGUACAAUGGAAGAGCCAUAUAAAUGCUUUGAAUGUGGAGAAAGCUUUCAGCGGAGUUCCACUCUUUCUAUUCAUCAAAGGAUCCAUACAAGGAAGCAGGGCUACCAACAGGAUUUUCUAGGCUCGGUAUACUGCAGGUAGAUUGGGGCCUCUGCUGCACUCCCCAAAGACACACAUUUGCAUAAAAUGUGCAUAUACUUUAUGUCAAAUGUAAAUUUGUAGCCUCUUUUGUGUUUUUAAAUUUUUUGGUGUGUUUUAAAAUUUGUAUAUUUGUUUUUUAUUGUUUUUAAUUGCUGUAAACUGCCCAGAGAGCUUCAGCUAUGGGGCAGUAUAUAAAUGUAAUAAAUAAAUAAAUAAAUAAUGAGAUAUCAAACAGAAAGAAUAUCAACAGAGCCCUGCUCUCUUGCAAUGCCAACCCUAAAGAACUCACAUUUGAUGUGUUGUUAAUGGGGAAUUUUAUAUGUCCAUACAUGUAUGAUCAUGAUUAUUAAGAGGGCACAUUUCUUUUGAAAAAUCAUAAGGAGUUAAAUAUUGAGAUUCAUGCUUAUAGAGAAAACCUUAAUCUUGAUAUUUAACUCAGUCACGCCGAUCUCCUGUUUCUUGGCAAACUGACUGGUAUUUGACAAGGCUGAAAUUAAUGAGUUUAUUGUUUGGAAUCAAGAAGUGUUAGGAGCGAAAGAAAGCUGUGAUUGAUGAAAUGAGUAGGGAUUUCCAAUGUUUGAUCCUUGAAUGCCACCUAGGGGAUAAAUAAUCAAAUGUUUUAAUAAAUAGAUUUUAGUAAAGAUUUACAUAACAGUAUUAAAUUUAUAAUUUUAUAGAUGUCUUUCCAUAAAGAAAAGGGUACAUCUGGGGUGGCCUGCUUGUCUGUCUAUAUAUCUAAAGUGGCUGAAACAAUUACCAGUUGGCCAGAGUAAUCCAGUUUCUUUUUCCUUAGUCUGUGUGGUUUCAUAAGGUAGCUCAGGGGUUUAAAUAAAACCCUCUUUCAUGAGCUAUGUAUUUCAUAGGCAAGGGAAUGGGAUUUCUGAGAAAAACCCCUGUGGCAAAGGAAUAGAACUGGGGUUGCUCAUACAUUUACAAACACCCUGAGUUAAGUUCCCAAACUUGACUCAGGGAACUUGUCCAAAAUAUUUCCAGGUGAACCUGAGUCAGCCUGACCCAUCAGAAACAAUACAACAAUGGAUGUACUGGGUAUGCCUGAAAACAUUCACAGAAGUAACUGUUCCAACUAGAACCAAAAUUCAUUAGUCUUGAAGAGACAGUAGGACAAUGGUAACAUUUAUGAUAUGGACAGAAUCUUGGAAUCACCACUGUAGUUAGCUAAUGCUUUCUGAUUGGUUUAGAAUGAAUGUAGAGAGGAAGACCUGUGUUGUUGGGUGGGCAAGGACUCAUGAGAUUGGUUAAACCAUUGUCACAUGCUGUAAUUGUACCCUAUAUAAGAGCUUGCACACAGUGCCUCAGUGAAGUCUCUUCUGGAUGUUCCUGGGGGGGCUGACCCUGCAUGUGCCUGCAUGUGCUUGUAAAGAAUAA